AUUCGCACCUUGCCUUGACAUUCACUGCGCAGUCUCCAUGUGGAACUUUUCAUUAACCUAGCUAACUGUUGACCUUUAUCUUAGGUAGCUAAUUAUGUAAACGGGCUAAGAUUAUAAAACAUUUGGCAUUUUCGAUAGUUAAUACUGUAAUGCGCCUAUACUUUUGAACUCGUUUCAGUGUUAGAGUUGGUCAUUUUGCAAACGGCUAGCUAGCUAGCAUCACGACGGUUAAUCGGGCAUAUUCUUUGAAGCGAAUUUCAGGAAAUUGGAAGUAGCUAAAAUGUCUGUGAAACAAGCAUCAGUCCAUGCAAAAUGGGUUAUCGGCCGAGUCAUUGGAACGAAGAUGAGGAAGACAGCAAAGGUUCGGGUUACCAGACUAGUCCUAGACCCAUAUUUGCUCAAGUUCUACAACAAAAGGAAGACCUACUUCGCCCAUGAUGCCUUGCAGCAGUGCACUGUUGGAGACGUUGUUUUAUUGAAGGCAUUACCAGAAAGGAGAUCUAAACAUGUGAAGCAUGAACUGGCCGAGAUAGUCUUUAAAGUCGGGGCAGUGAUUGACCCCUUGACUGGAAAGAGAGUGGCUGGAGAGCGGUUUCUGGAGCCUCUCACAGGGUCCACAGAACAAAGAGAGACCUCUCUAACAGAAAAACUAGAACAGCUGAACAUUUGUGCAUCUUCAUCACUCCCACAAUCUGCCUCAUAGUCCUGUGUAUUUGUAUCAAGCUGUUAAGUGGAAGAGACUUACUGUGAGAGGACUUUGGCCUGCUCCAGGGCAGUCACCUCCCCACUGCUGGAGUGAAGCAGCAUUUCU